GGUCGGGGGAAUUCAUAGUUGGGGCAAAAGGAAAGGAUAUAAAAAGGAGGAGAGAGAAACUAGUGAGAGAGAGGGGAAGGGGAGAAAGCGAAUGUUAAAGGAUUUGUGCUGCUACGUUAAUGGCGGUUAGGGUUUUCUGUUGAUUCAACCCCCCGAAAACCUUGACCUUUGGCCUAUAUUCUCGCCUCUGGUUCCGUAUCUCUCCUCUUUGCUACAAAACCCUAAUUUCGCUUCGGUGUCGACCUCGGUCUCACUCAUUUUCGCGGCUCGAUUUGGGAUUGGAGUCUCGGGACCAGGAGAGGCUAGCGAUGGGCGCUCCGGACAAAUCGCAAUCCAACUCCAAUUCGAUGCAGAGAGUGAAGGUCUAUCAUCUAAACGACGAUGGUAAAUGGGAUGACCGAGGAACUGGACACGUCACUAUUGAUUAUAUGGAGCGAACAGAAGAACUGGGUCUAUAUGUGAUUGAUGAAGAUGACAAUGAAACUCUACUUGUGCACCACAUCAGGCCUGAGGACAUCUACAGGAAGCAAGAAGACACAAUUAUCUCAUGGAAAGACCCGGAGCGCUCAACAGAUAUGGCUUUGAGCUUUCAAGAGACUGCAGGAUGCUCUUAUAUUUGGGACCAAAUCUGUACAAUGCAACGAAAUAUGCAUUUCAACUCUCUUAACACAGGCGAAACAUUUCACAGUAUGAAUAGUCAGCUGAGGGAGCUGCCUGCUGUAGAGCUUUCUACUCUUCCUCUAAUAGUCAAGAUUGUGACUGAGAGUGGUAUUACAGAUCAAAUGCGACUGACUGAACUCAUUUUGAAGGAUAAUGGUUUCUUCCGGAAACUGAUGGAUGUAUUCAAAAUCUGCGAGGACUUGGAAAAUGUGGAUGGCCUUCACAUGAUAUUCAAUAUAAUCAAAGGAAUCAUUUUGCUCAAUAGUCCUCAGAUCUUUGAGAAAAUCUUUGGGGAUGAAUUCAUCAUGGAAAUUAUCGGGUGUCUUGAAUAUGACCCUGAUGUUCCUCAGUCCCAACAUCACCGGAAUUUUUUGAAAGAGCAUGUUGUUUUUAAGGAGGCUAUACCGAUUAAAGAUCCUCUUGUCCUUUCUAAGAUACACCAGACAUACAGAAUUGGUUAUUUGAAGGACAUUGUUUUGGCUUUGGUACUAGAUGAUGCUACAGUUGCAAACUUAAAUUCAAUAAUCCAUGCAAACAAUGCUAUUGUUGUUUCUUUGCUGAAGGAUGACAGCACCUUUAUCCAAGAAUUAUUUUCAAGGUUGAAGUCACCUUCUACGUCUGCAGAAUCCAAGAAAAAUUUGGUGUAUUUCUUGCAUGAGUUUUGUAGUUUAAGCAAGAGCCUCCAGGUGGUGCAGCAGCUGCGACUUUUUAGGGACCUUAUUAAUGAAGGGAUUUUUGACGUCAUAGCGGAUGUCUUGCAGAGUCCAGACAAGAAACUUGUUUUAACCGGGACAGACAUCCUCAUUCUUUUCAUGAAUCAGGAUUCCAACCUAUUACGUUCUUAUAUUGGUCGACCAGAAGGAACUUCCCUCCUUGGUUUCCUGGUUAAGGGAUUGAUGGAAGAUUUUGGUGAUAAAAUGCAUUGUCAGUUUCUCGAAAUUAUAAGAAGCCUACUGGAUUCAAAUGCAUUGUCUAGUGGAGCUCAGCAGAGAGCAAGUAUCAUGGAUAUUUUCUAUGAGAAGCAUCUACCUGAGUUAGUUGAUGUUAUAACUGCCUCAUGUCCUGAGAGGCCUGACAAUAAAUCUGAAGGUGUGGCCAGAAAAGUUGGAAGCCAUCAUGGUGCAAAGCCUGAGGUGUUGUCAAGCAUUUGUGACUUGCUGUGCUUUUGCGUUAUGCAAGAUUCAUCCAGGACAAAGUACAACUUUCUUCAUAAUAAUGUGAUAGAGAAUGUUUUGCAUCUCACUCGAAGAAAGGAAAAAUACUUAGUGGUUGCUGCUAUUCGCUUUGUCCGAACUCUUCUUGCUGUACUUGAUGAAUAUGUGCAGAAUUAUAUUGUUAAGAGCAACCUUCUGAAACCGAUUAUCGAUGUGUUUGUUGCCAACGGCAACCGAUACAAUCUACUGAACUCUGCUGUGCUGGAUCUUCUUGAGCACAUACGCAAGGGAAAUGCAACAGUGUUACUCAAAUAUGUGGUUGAUACCUUCUGGGACCAGUUGGCUCCGUUUGAGUACUUGACCUCCAUUCAGGCUUUCAAGGUGAAAUAUGAGCAGUGCUUAGAAAGUGCUGGACCAAAGAGCAAUGCUGAUUCAGUCAACCCUAGAAGAAGAACCGAUGAGCGUGCUUUGGAUAAAGAGGAGGAAGAUUACUUCAAUGAGGACAGCGAUGAAGAAGAUUCAGCAUCUGCUUCUAAUACACAAAAAGAACAACUGAAGUCCCAUCUCUCCAAUGGAGUGGCUGCAAGCUAUGCAUCUUCAAGCCCAAGGUCUGGUGGAUUGGUAGACUAUGAGGAUGAUGAUGAUGGUGAUGAUGAAGGCUAUAAACCACCUCCACGGAAAAAGCCGGAAGCUUCAGAGGAUGAAGUCGAGUUCCUUAAGCUUAAACGCAAAUCCCCAUCUGGUGAAAGAGAGAAGGAACCAUCAAAAAAACAAUGGUUGGUGAAAAGCUCCAGGAAGGAAAACGCAUUUACUGCCCUCUGCUCGACGCUUAGCCAGGCGGUUCAUCCUGGUAAGAUAACCACCGCAUCUGCAGCAACUCUUUCAACUGAAGGAACCAAGAACGCGCCCGAAGGACGCCAAGGAACAAUGGGAUCUGAGAACUCAAGAAAUUGUAACGACAAUGGCAGCAGCAGUUCAGAUGAGGAAAACCAUAAGGACGAGAAAGAAUCAACUUCGGGUAACUUGUCUGACAGCAAACACGAAGCAUCAGAGAACGGAAACCUUAAUGGUGGGGAGGAACCUCCGUUAGUAACUCCAAAGUCACCACCCAGAAUGGCUGUAAAUGGAUCCUGAGCUUCAAGACUUUAGGAUCGUUGAUUAUCUAUCUCUCUGUUACAGAAGGAAGACAGUUUCAAGGGGGCUGCAGGGCUCUGGACGAACAUCGGGAGAAAUCUGGAAAAGGAAUGACAGAGAGAGAGGCUUUGAUUCUGAUACUAGUGGAAGAAGAAACUGUACAGAGCGGACAAUGGAUGGGGACAAGAGGUGGUGUUCUUCUUGUUCAUAGUCGUUGGCCGCCCCUUCUAUAUCUAUAUAUAUAGCACCAGAAAAAAGAUGGUUAAGGAGACAGCCCAUUCUAGGGUGGGAGUAAAUCUGCGAGUUCGCAUUUGUAAGCUACAAUCCAUCAAAUCAUCACUAACUAACUCUUCAUUCAUCCAAACCCCGAAUGGUUCCUUAGAUCUUUUCCUUUUAUAAUAUUAAUUUAGUCUUUCUAUAUAAUAAGUUUCAUUUUUCUUUUCGGUGUUUUUCAUUUGUUGUAAAAUAUGUUUUGACGCAUGGGAUUUUGUUGUGGGGGUUAGAGAGGAUGCUCAGAAUGUGAAGCACCGUAUUGAUUUUCUUCUUA